GGAGGCGUCGGCGGAGGCCGGGAGGCUGAGGCGGCUGAGGUGGCCGAGGUGGCCGCUGGGGCUGAGGUGGCGGGUGAGGCAGGGAUGGCGAAGAGCAGCGGAGAGAAUGGGCCGCGCGCGCCAGCGGCCGCGGGGAGCUUAUCAGGGACCCGGGAGAACCUGGCGCAGGGCCCAGACGCGGCAACUGCCGACGAGCUCAGCUCUCUCGGCUCCGACUCGGAGGCCAACGGCUUCGUCGAGCACCGCAUCGACAAAUUCGGAUUCAUCGUAGGCUCACAGGGAGCAGAGGACUCGUUGGAGGAAGUCCCCCUGGAGGUGCUGAGGCAGAGAGAGUCCAAGUGGCUGGACAUGCUCAACAACUGGGACAAAUGGAUGGCCAAGAAACACAAAAAGAUACGUUUGCGGUGCCAGAAGGGAAUCCCGCCUUCUCUUCGAGGCCGUGCUUGGCAGUACCUGUCAGGAGGCAAGGUGAAGCUACAGCAGAACCCCGGGAAGUUUGAUGAACUGGACAUGUCUCCUGGGGACCCGAAGUGGCUGGAUGUGAUUGAACGUGACCUACACCGGCAGUUCCCUUUCCACGAGAUGUUUGUGUCCCGGGGCGGGCAUGGCCAGCAGGAUCUAUUCCGUGUGCUGAAGGCCUACACACUGUAUCGACCGGAGGAGGGCUACUGCCAGGCCCAGGCACCCAUUGCUGCCGUUCUGCUCAUGCACAUGCCUGCUGAGCAAGCCUUCUGGUGUCUGGUACAGAUCUGUGAGAAGUACCUGCCUGGCUACUACAGUGAGAAACUGGAGGCGAUCCAGCUGGAUGGUGAGAUUCUCUUCUCACUGCUGCAAAAGGUGUCACCUGUGGCCCACAAGCACCUCAGUCGGCAGAAGAUCGAUCCCCUACUGUACAUGACAGAGUGGUUCAUGUGUGCCUUUGCACGCACCCUGCCCUGGAGCUCUGUGCUGCGUGUCUGGGACAUGUUUUUCUGUGAAGGAGUCAAGAUCAUCUUCCGGGUGGGACUGGUGUUGCUGAAACACGCAUUGGGUUCUCCUGAGAAGCUCAAGGCCUGCCAGGGCCAGUAUGAGACCAUUGAGCAACUGCGGAGCCUCAACCCCAAGAUCAUGCAGGAAGCAUUUCUGGUCCAGGAGGUGGUGGAGUUGCCCAUAACAGAGCGCCAGAUUGAGCGUGAGCAUCUCAUUCAGCUUCGGCGCUGGCAGGAGACACGGGGUGAACUGCAGUGUCGCUCUCCUCCCCGGCUGCAUGGUGCCAAGGCCAUCCUAGAUGCAGAGCCCAGCCUCCGGGGUGCCCUGCAACCUUCACCGUCCAUCCGUCUGCCCCCAGAUGUACCUCUCCCCAGCUCCAAGGCCAAGCCCAAACCACCCAAGCAGGCUCAAAAGGAGCAGAAGCGGACAAAAGCAAGUGGGCAUCUGGACAAGCUCCCAGCCCCAGGUCAAGCCACAGCAGUGACUGCUGGAGGAGAUGCAUGUGCUCCACAGGAUGUGACCCUGAAAAACCCAGCUUCCCAGGAUCCAGCCCCCCAGGACUCAGCUCCUCAGGACUUAGCCCAUCACUGCUCCCAAGAGAGCCUCACUUCCCAAGACAGUGAGGACACCUACUUGUAACCCCAAAAGUGUGGACCUCCAGGGUGGGGUCUCUACACACCUACCUGGUUUGAGGACUGACACUCCAGGGCCUGCUUACCUGAGGGCCCAACUGCUUGGCCACUAAGCUGGGACAGUCUGGCUGGCCAGGGAGAAAUUCUGCCUGAGCCUCUUUAUUUAUUUUCUCUAAGAGUGGCGCUCAGGCUGGCCCAGCCAGCACAGGCAGAAGCUAGGACCAAGAGAGUGGGGCCUCACUCAGCCCCUUCUCCUGGGGAUGCUUCCUAGGGAUGGGGUGCUGGCAUAAGGGGAGCAUGUGGGGUGCUCUUUGUGUAACAUAGAAACUUGGUUUUGUACAGAAAUAAACAGACUUGUGUAGAGA